UCAGUGGCACUUCCGUCUUGCUCUCUAUGUAUCUUUCUCUUUGGCUUAUUUUGCUGCAGUCUGUCGAUUUCUGAGUCCCUGCGUUGGCCACUCAUGCAAAGGUGCCAUGCAGAAAGUCAGGAUAUUAUCUCCCGCCUUCAUGUCGACGGAAAUAUUGCGGACGCCGACAAGGUUUCAUAUGCCCAAAAAGAUCUCCAUCAAAUGGUCAAACACGUAGAAAUGUGCUUGCAUGCAUGGAUCGCUAUAGGUGACGCCCGCCAGAUGUAUAGCAAGGCAUCGUACUGUAAAAGGAUGAUGAUUGGGUUUUUCACCAAUAAUCUCCCCAAGCUACUUGGUGUAAUGACUACAUGGUUAAUUUGUAUAACGACUUGGACUUUAACGGGGUAUUGGUUUAGAUCCUCAGUGCACUAUAUGUUAUGGCUGCAACAAUGGCGACAUUCCUCGCAUCCUUUGUCAUGGAUUUCGUUGGACGGUUCAUGUCACGAUUUAUGGCAACAUCAUUUCCUAGAGGGACUUUCGCUUGAAGAUAUCAACACGACGUCUGGGGAUGAGGUAGCGGUCCACUUCUCAAAUCUCAGAGAUUACUCGCCAAGAAAUUAUGAACCCAACAAGGGAAGGUAUCUAACACAGAGGGUGCAUGGUACGGCCGGGUAGUACCGGCAACCUAUGCGAAGUCUGGCCGUUCUUUCAACCAUGGUGUUGACAUAUCACAACGCAAAUUAGAUCAGACUGUGUUAU